AUGAAGCUUUUGCCCGCGUUCGCUGUGGCCAUCGUUCGGCAACUGCGACGGCCGCCGCGACGUCUCAAUACACUGUUCAAGGUAGCUGCGUUCGUCGCAUGUCUCUGCGUCCUCGAGUCCCUCCUGCACGCGCAGAUCUACAGCGUACCGCGCCCGCCCCAAGACCUCGACGCCCCGUUCGCUACGCAAUGCCGGGACCCCGAGAUUGCUGCGUCGCAGCCGCGCGAGAACGCAGCGUUUGUCAUGCUCGCUCGGAAUUCGGAGAUCAAUGAGGCGCGCAACACGAUUCAAAGCAUUGAGAAGCAGUUCAACCAGUGGUUCCACUACCCAGUGGUGUUUCUCAACAACGAAGAAUGGGACCCUGCGUUCAUCCGCGCCAUGAAUCAGUCCGUGAGCGGCGGGGCGAUAUUCGAUGUAAUUCCCAAGGAAGACUGGUCAUAUCCUGAGUGGAUUGACCCGGAGCAGGCGAGGGCGUCAAUGGCUGAGCAACAGAAAAAUGGCGUGUGGAACGGGGGGAAGGAAUCAUACCAUCACAUGUGUCGGUUCUACUCCGGGACAUUCUACGCCCACAAGGCCCUGCAGAAGUAUAAAUGGUACUGGCGCCUCGAGCCCGGCGUCCGAUUCACCUGUGCGCUCACCUACGACCCCUUCGUCGAGAUGGCAUGCCACAACAAGUCGUACGGCUACACGAUCGCGCUCUGGGAGGAGCCAAACACCUGUCCGAGCCUGUUCCGAGCCGUCGAUGAUUUUCGGGUGCACAUCAACCUCCCUCGCACACCGGCGUGGAACGCCAUGAUGGACCAAACGUGGCAGCCGUGGCCCAUCCGGAAGCUCAAGGCGUGGCUCAACAAAGACCACGUCAAUCGGCAAGGCGAGCGGUGGAACCUCUGCCACUACUGGAGCAACUUUGAGAUCGCCGACCUGGAUUUCUUCCGCGGCGAGGCCUACCAGGGCCUCUUCCGCCACCUCGACCGCCUAGGCGGCUUCUACUACGAACGGUGGGGGGACGCGCCCGUGCACAGCCUGGCCGUCCACAUGCUGCUCCCGCCGGACAGGCUGCACCACUUUUCCGACAUUGGAUACCACCACGAACCCUUCUUCCAGUGCCCCGGCAACGCCCCUGGCGGGCAGCUUCCGGGGAAUAAGGCGCUCGGGAAUGGGGAGUGGUCGAGUGAGAGCCCAGGGGCGAUUGGAUGCCGCUGCCAGUGCCCGGAUCUGCGGCGGAGGAAUAAUCGCGGCAUCUGCCUAGCGGCGCUGCAGGCACCCGCGGCCUUCCAUCGCCCGUCUUGGUGGGAGAAGUACCGCGGGCGGUAUCCUUAUACCAUUAACAUUCCAAUGAGAGAUAGAUUCUAG